CUCUUCUCCACUUAAGCACUGGUGCAUUGUUAGCCGUGAGAUCAGUUCGGUAUGGACAGCAGACACGAGUCUUCUGAGACUCUGAGGAACAAAUGCGCUGCAUGCUAUAGGCAGUUCAACAAAAUGGAACACCUUGUGGAACACAUGAGGACAUCCUAUCAUUCGGUUCAUGAACCCAUGUGCGGAAUUUGCAGGAAACAUUGUCGAUCAUUUGAAUCUCUGAGAGAACAUCUUAUAGGGCCGCUCCCGAAAGCAGAAUGUGAGAGGAUUUUCAAGGACCGGGGAUGUGACCUUUGCUUAACAGUCCUGAGCAGUCGCAGUGCGCUCUGGAAUCACCGGGAAGCAUGCCAAUUCUCACGUUCGAACAAUGGGGUUCUGUGUCGUCUGGCAAAUUUGGGCAUACAAGAUGAAUUAAGGCUGGACAACAGUAGAGCGAAGGUGGUCGCCCUGGCUUGCAAAAUGGUUGGAGGCGGUAGCGAUGGUUCUUUAGAUCUGUGUGCAAGAGUUUGCCUCAUCGAUGAGCACGAAAGGAUAAUCUUUCAUGCAUAUGUCAAGCCACAGCUUCCCGUCACAAACUACAGGUAUGAAACAACGGGAUUGCGACCAGAAUUUCUAAGGGAAGCGAUGCCGUUGAAACAAGUGCAGAGAAGGAUUCAGGACUAUUUAUGCAACGGGGAACCAAUAUGGCACAUCCGUUCUAGAGGAGGAAGAGCUCGCGUCCUUGUGGGACAUGGUUUGGAUCACGAUCUUAAGUGUUUGGAAAUGGAGUAUCCACCGAUAAUGAUCAGGGACACGGCCAAAUAUCCACCACUUAUGAAAACCAGCAAGCUUAGCAACUCGCUCAAGUAUUUGACAAAAGCAUACCUUGGCUAUGACAUUCAAACGGGCCAGCAAGAUCCGUAUGAAGACUGCGUUGCUACACUGAGGCUCUACAUGAGAAUGAGAUCACAGAAUCACGAUACGGAGGACUGCCCUCUUGCUACCGACCCCCAGAACCGCAACAAUUUUGCAUCAUGGCGACAGAACGAGCUCGAGAGGAUGACUCCUGAAAAAUUGCUAGAGAUCUCAAGGUCUGACUAUUAUUGCUGGUGCUUGGACUCCAGAACCAGCCACACCAAUUCUUGA